AUGCGAACUCUGCUUGGCGCCAAGCCUUCCCGGAGGACGUUGUCAAAAACGGCUAUUCUCUGCAUGCACAAGCUGAUUUUUGAUCAUAGGAUUAAGCUGGGGAAAGCUGGGACCCUGUCGGACUGGAAAGCUUCAACUGGAAGGUCCUACGAGCCUGACCGAGACUACACAAGAUCACAGAAGUUAGAGCAGGAAAAGCAAGCCUUGGAAAAGAAUUUAGAGAAGAAAAACAGGAAACAAACAUCUGCCACGAGUAUAACUGGAAACAAAGUUCUCCGACGCACUUGCUUUGUGGAAAAAUGCGGCCACUGGCAUGGUACAGAGGUCCUAAAGAAAGGAGGCUGGCUCUAUCAAAGGAGUAUUACUAGGAAGAAAAUGGAUGAGCUGCUGAAGGUUACUGCUUGGCCUCAUUUGUAUGAAAAGCUACCCUUGGAGACCAAUGGACCUACGCCCCACAUUCCCCUAGAAAAAACAAAAAAGGGUAAUUUGCUGGGUCCCCAUCAGAAUGUCAUUGAGAACAACCCUGACAUUAAGCGGCACAAGACCCUGGAUGCUGAGAUCUCUCAACAACCUGGGGGCAACAAGAAGCUUGAAACCUCUAUCCAGGAUGCAGAACCUGUUUGCAUGGAGCACUUCCGCAACCGCCAUGUCUACCAACAACAACUGAUUGAGAAGCAAAAGAAGAAACUUCAGGAACAGCAGAAAAUCAUUCUGGAACUGAAGGAAAACCAGCGGCUCGUGGAGGCUCAAUGGGCAUCUAAGCAUGCAGCAGCAGUCAAGAAUUCUCAGAACCACCUCCUGUCAAAUCCCAGAGAAGCAGAGGACCCAAAAGGAACCUGCCAGGUGCUUUCAAAUAUAUCUGCUACUUCCUCAAAGACUGAAGACAGUAGAAGUGACUCCCGAAAUUCUCAUUCUGGACCUAAAAGGAACCCAAAGCAUAUGAUGGCACCCCAUCCUAUAGUGAAAGCCAUGGAAGAGAGAGCAGUUCAACGAGCUGAACGUAGGCGGAUCUUGGCAGAAAAGAAGAAAAAACAAGAAGAAGAGAAAUUGGCCCAGUUUAAGGCCCAAGAGGAGGAACGUCAGAAGAGGGAGGCAGAAGAAAAGGAAACUCAGCUUGAGAAAAAACGAGAAGAGAAGAGACUGAAGAAAAUGAAAGAACUAGAGAAACAGAAGAGAAUUAAGAGGAACCAAGAAUUGGAAACAGUGGCCAAAGAACAUUAUAAGAUGGUCUUGCUAAGAAAUAAAGGUCUGGAGCCUUGGAAGAGAUUGAGAAUGCAAAGUAAACAAAAUAUCCAGGUGGCAGAAGAACAUCACUCUUUGGCUCUACAGAAGAAAAGCCUGCUGACCUGGUUCCAGUAUAGUCAGGAAAGUCUGGUUAGGAAGAUGACCCAGGCUGACCAGUUUUAUACCCAACUGUUGCUCAGGAGAAUCUUCAAGGGCUGGCUACAGUAUACAACUGACCUGGAGGAAGAAGUAAGAAAACUUUGUGUACAUUUCCUUCAGAAGAAGAUUUUUGGAGCCUGGCUUACCAUGGUCAGGGAGGCGACGAUCAAUUCUCAGAGCAAGCAUAAGAUUGCAGCGGAGCAUUGUGACAGGAAGACUCUCAGCAUCACAUUUCAGACAUGGAAGAAGUUCAUAAAAUUUAUGACAGAGGAAAGAGUGAAAGAAGAAAGGCGAGAGCAGCUCCGCAGGAAGGUCGCUGAAAUUCUUCCAGACUUCCAGAUGUUGGCGCCACUGUGAUUGUUAGAUGCUCAGCCCAAGUCAGAUGAGUCUUUGGUGUGCCUGCACACAAAAACUGCAUUGAUUAGGAAGGGAAUCUUAGUUGGUACAGAAUGUGUGUGUGUGUUAUCUCCACUCUCCCACAUACA